AUGGCCCCGUCUCGCCACCGCCUCCUCUUCCUCGUCGUCGCCGCCACCAUUGCCGCAGCGUUCCUAGCUGCCGUCGCUGCGGAGAACACCAUGACCGACGUGGAGGCGCUGAUGCAGCUCAAAAAGUCCUUCGCCAACUCCUCGUCGCUCUCGUCGUGGCUCGUUACCGAUAAGGAAGGCAGCAAAUCCCCCUGCGCGCCGGGCUCGCACCACUGGCAUGGCGUGGUGUGCUCCGGCGGAGUAGUCACCGGCCUCCGCCUCAACGGCCUCGAGCUCGGCGGCACCAUCGAGGUCAACUCGCUCUCCAGCUUCCCGCGCCUCAGGUCCAUCUCCUUUGCCAGCAACAACUUCUCCGGCCCACUCCCCGCCUUCCACCAGAUCAAGGCGCUCAAGUCAAUGUACCUCUCCGACAACCAGUUCUCCGGCAGCAUCCCCGACGACUUCUUCGCCAACCUCAGCCACCUCAAGAAGCUCUGGCUCAAUGGCAACCAGCUCUCCGGCUCCAUUCCAGCUUCCAUCUCAGAGGCCACGUCCCUCCUCGAGCUCCACCUCGAUCGCAACGCCUUCACGGGGGCUCCCCGCCGCGUCGUCCCGGAGGCGUUCCGGAAGUUCAACGCCACCAGGUUCGCGGGCAACGAGUACCUCUGUUUCGUGCCGACCCGCGUGAAGCAGUGCAAGCGCGAGCAGGCUGUGACCAGCUCGUCCAGGCGGGCUAUCAUGGUGCUCGCCACGCUGCUUCUCUCGGCAGUCGUGAUGGUCAUCGCCCUGCGCUUGUGCAGCAGCCUGCCCAGCAGCCGUGCCCGCAAGGUCGACAUGGAGGGCCUCGAGGAGAAGCCACCCGAGUACGUGGCCGUCAAGCAGGCGUCGUCGGCCCCGCAGAAGCGGAGCUCCUCGUGGCUCGGGAAGAGGCCAGGGUCGUCGCUAGGCGGGCUUGGACACCGGCGGGCCGCUUCUGCCGCGAAGGUGGACGAUCUGAGCACCAAAUCCGCCGGGGAUCUGGUCAUGGUGAACGAAAGCAAGGGCGUGUUUGGGCUCACCGACCUGAUGAAGGCGGCGGCCGAGGUGAUCGGGAGCGGCGGCGGGCUUGGGUCAGCGUACAAGGCGGUGAUGGCCAACGGCGUGGCCGUCGUGGUCAAGCGCUCCCGCGACAUGAACCGGGCGACCAAGGACGCGUUCGAAGCCGAGAUGAAGCGGCUCGGCGCGAUGCGCCACGCCAACCUGCUGCCGCCGCUGGCCUACCACUACCGCAAGGACGAGAAGCUCCUGGUGUACGAGUACAUCCCCAAGGGCAGCCUGCUGUACGUCCUCCACGGCGACCGGGGCAUGGACUACGCGGCGCUGGACUGGCCGACGCGGCUCAAGGUGGCCGUCGGCGUCGCGCGCGCCACGGCAUUCCUCCACACGGCGCUCGCCGGCCACGAGGCGCCCCACGGCAACCUCAAGUCGGCCAACAUUCUGCUCGCGCCGGACUUCGAGCCGCUCCUCGUCGACUUCGGGUUCUCGGGCCUCAUCAACCACAUGCAGUCCCCGAACUCCUUGUUCGCGUACCGCGCCCCCGAGUGCGUCGCCGGCCACCCCGUGAGUGCAAUGGCCGACGUCUACUGCCUCGGUGUCGUCCUCCUCGAGCUCCUCACCGGCAAGUUCCCGUCGCAGUACCUCCAGAACGCCAAGGGCGGCACGGACCUCGUCAUGUGGGCGACGUCGGCGAUGGCCGACGGCUACGAGCGAGACCUGUUCGACCCGGCCCUCAUGGCGGCGUGGAAGUUCGCCCUGCCGGACAUGACGCGGCUCAUGCAGGUGGCCGUGGACUGCGUCGAGACGGACCUGGAGAAGCGGCCGGAGAUGAAAGAGGCCUUGGCGAGGGUGGAGGAGGUGGCGGCGACGGCUUUAGCCACGGUGAGGGAGAGGCAACAAGAUGAGAGCGGCAGCGAGGGGAGUGCACCGUCGGCAGACUCGGCUAGCAGAAGCUCGCACGCCUCGUACGUGCGAGAGGGGUCGAUGCAGCGGGUCACCAGCGUCGGCGAGCGGUCGUUGCGGCGAGGAAGCAACGACCCCUCGUACGGGUACGGCAUCUCGUGA